UUUCUGUAACUCAAUGGCUUCAAAUGACCCAGAAGUGAAGAUAAUUGAGAUAUCCCGAGUUUGCCCAUUUAUCAACUCACCUCAGUCGCCCACCUUCUUCUCUAUUCCUCUCACUUUCUUUGACGCCUUGUGGUUAAAAUUUCCUCCCGUGGAGUCUCUAUUCUUUUAUCAACUCACUGACUCAACUCGUCUUAACUUCAACUCAGAAAUCCUUCCUAAACUCAAGCAUUCACUCUCUCUUACUCUUCUUCACUAUCACCCUCUCGCUGGAAAGCUCACAUGGCAUCCACAUGCUGACGUGCCUAUCAUCUCCUACUCACCCAACGAUGCCGUUUCUCUCCUCGUCGCAGAGUCUAACUUGGACUUUAACCGUCUCUCAGGCGAUGAUAUUCGUGAGUCUCCCGAGUCUCGUCAUUUAAUACCGGAGUUGUUGUCAUCCGACGAGAGCGCAUCAACCAUGGCUCUGCAAAUAACCUUGUUUCCUAAUCAAGGGUUUUGUAUUGGCAUGAGCAUGCACCACGCAGUCGUGGACGGCGUCGCUGCAAUCGCUUUCAAGAAAGCCUGGGCGUAUCUGUGCAGACAACUGGGCAACCAACAUCCUUCUCUGUUGCCAGAGCUUACCCCAUUCUCCGAUCGGACGGUCGUCAAAGACCCAACUGGACUUUGCAAGAAAUGCUUGAAAAAUUGGCUCGAUUUCAAAGUCUCCGAUGAUUCAGAACUCAACCAACGAAGCUUGAAGAUAUUGGAAGAUCUCGUAGUAAUUCAAAACUCAGUUCGAGCCACGUUUAAGCUGAGUGGUGAAGAUAUAAAGAAACUCAAAGAAAAGAUAUUGUUCAAGCUACAACAAAAAAAACCUACAAAACACUUUCAUCUAUCCACUUUUGUAGUUACAUAUGCGUAUAUUUUAGUCUGCCUCGUAAAAUCAAAAUCAGUAGAAGGUAACAAAAAGUUCAGCCUCCUGUUCUUAGUGGAUUAUAGAAACCGUUUGGUCCCUCCACUUCCUGCAAAUUAUUUUGGCAACUGUGUUUUGACCCGUUUCGCGACUUUAGAAGCAAGUAUUUUCAUGGAUGAAGAUGGGGUUGCAAUUAUUUCCGAGAAAAUCAGUAACAUGAUAAGAGAGAUUGACGAGAAAGGGAUUCAUGAAGCUGUAGAAGAGAAUUUAGAAAGCUGGGGCAAUAUGGAAGGAGAAGAAAUAUUUAGUAUUGCUGGGUCGAAUCGAACCAAGUUUUAUGAAAUUGAUUACGGGUGGGGAAAGCCAAAGAAAAUAGAAAUAAUAUCUAUUGAUCGAACAGGAGCAAUAUCCAUGACAGAAAGUGGAGAUGGCAAUGGCGUUGAAAUUGGAACGGUUUUGAGCAGGAAUGAAAUGGAGAUUUUCAAGUCUGUGUUUGUUUCUGGUUUACAGGACGCCUGAAGUCUGCGA